GGCUUUGCAGGCUGUCAUCAGUAGGGCGGGCUCGGGUUGGUAACCGCGGACGCUGAGCAAGCUGACAGCCGCCGAACUAAAAAAAUAUCCUCACCACUGAAGAACUAAACUAUCGUGCUCUGGAUAUGAUCAAACCACCUAUCUUCUCAGCAUCUCAGAACUAAGGUGGACCCAGCAUGCAAGCUUGCGAAAAGAUAGAGAAAACCAAUGACCAAACAGAACAUAAAUCUUCUAGAACAUCUCCUAGGCAAAAUAAGACUAGAGGAAAGGAGAAAGGAAAAUGUGAGGGAAAUAAUAACAAAACAAAAGAUACAAAUGCAGACAUUCUUAAAGAUGCUGUGGAAAUUCAUACCAAAGAUAGCAUGGACAAAAGGCAAGAUGAACCUCUAGGUGGAGAAGAAACCGUUUAUGGUGACGUACCUCUUUCAGAUGAUCAAAAAUCUACCAAAAGUGUUAUUUCAGUCAGCAAAAUAAGGAACUAUAUCAACAAGAUAAAGGAUUUAGAUUCUUCGACAAAGUCUCUGGAAAAAAGAGGGCAGGAAGAGACUAAGCAGCCUUCUGCACAAUGCAGACUACGUCUUCCCAGCAAGAGAAAUCAAAAGACAAGUACAGAUGCGCAGGAGGAAUCUUCUGAUACUGACUGCGAGAAUGGCAAUGGCCACAGAUCUUUGAAGCACCCCAUGCCAGACUUCGAAGAGGAAAAAGGACUAUUAUCAUCUGAGCUUUCUAUGGAAAUUAGCUCUCCUGAAUUUAAGACUCAUCAUGCAGUGUCCCCAUCAAAUGAUGACACAGAGGAAGAAAUACAACUGCCGAUAGUUGUGCUGAAGAAAGAACCAUCUCCAGUUAAACCAGGGUCCUUUGUCUGGUGUAAAUUUCAGCAUUAUCCCUACUGGCCAUCAUUGGUCACAUUAGUGGACUCAAGGAACAAGAGGGCAACGAUAAUAUUUUUAGAGGAGUCCAUUUCUGAUCCUUCAAAGAAAAACAGGAGUUUUAAAGUUGCGCUUCGUUCCAUAAAACUUUAUGACUGUCCAGAAAAGCAGCAGUUUUUGGAAAAUGCACGCAAAGACUAUGGCAGGUCCAUUGACUGGUGUGAGUCCCUGAUCUCGGACUACAGAAUCCGCUUGGGCUGUGGCUCCUUUUCUGGUUCUUUUCUGGAUUACUGCACAGCAGCUAUCAGUUUGCCUGUACGGAGAGAACUAGAAAGUGGCAAACAAAAAGUACUUUUCCCUGUAAUAGACUCUGAAGAAACUGACUCUCAAGAAGAGAUGAUCGGCGUGACAUCACAGAGAGACAAGAAGCUGCUUCCAGACCGAGCACGGGCAGCCAGGGACUGUGCCAAUAAAAAACUGGUGCAGUUCAUUGUGAAGGCCAAAGGGGCAGAAAAUCACCUUGUAGACAUCCUGUCAGGAAAGAAAAAGUCACAAUGGCUAGUAAAGUUUCAGUCCUCAAACCAGCGCAUGAACUUCCUAGAAACCUAUAUUGAAGAUGAAGAGCAGAUGGAGCAUGUGGUGGGCUACCUGAAGACAGUCUGCAAGAAAAUGAGCAGUGCAACAAAAAAGUUAAUGCUUGGAGAUGAGAUAAAGUUUAUCUUUGAGGUUUUGAUCCCUGAGGCUGUCAUCUUUGCAAUUGCUGCCACUGAAAAAAUGAGCUAUGAAAAAGCUAAAGUUAAAUACAUAAAGGGGCCCCCUGUCACUAGAAGAGAAAGAAAAAUCUUUGACGAACAGAUUUUGGAAAAGAAGAGGCUUAAGAUGUCAGAAGAGGCUAAAGUCAGAAAGAAUUCAAGAAAGUAGCUAUGUUCAAUAUGGCUGUCCAGAGAGAUUUAGAGGGGGAUUUAUCAAGCCCUACACUCCAGAAUUUAGCAACUUUUUUUUUUUUAGCUUAUUUGUGCAAAAUUCUGCAAGUCACAAACUCUCACUCCAGUAAAAAACUGGAGUAGCAUUUCUAGACAAAAGUGUGAGGUUUAAUGAUGAACCAGAUUUAACAGAUUGGUGCAAAGUGUGAGAAUACAGGCUAAAGCGACGCUGACUCCAGCUGUACCAUCAUGGUAAAUUCCUCCCUUCAUCUUUUGCCACUGGUCCAAGCCUAUAUCUAUCGUCUUCCGUUCCUCAGGUUUUUUCCAUUGCCAGUAUUGCUUUAGUUCCUUCUUAGGUGAUAAGUUGAUCUCAUGUUGUCACCUCUGAAGGCUGUUUUGUGCUAUAUCCAGCAAUCAAACAUGCCUCUUUGGUUUGGCAUAUCUCUGUAUGUGCAGGUAUUUUUUUCCUGUUUUUAUUAAAGGGGUUUUCCGAGAGUUUGAUACUGAUGACAUAUCCUCGGGAUAGGUCAUCAGUAUCUGAUCGUUUGGGGUCCGAUACCCAGGACCCCCGUGAUCAGCUAUUUGAGAAGGCACCGGAGCUUGCAGUAGCACAUCGGCCUUCUCUCGGCAAACCAAGCACAGCGUCUUACAUUGUAUAGCACAGCUCAGCCCCUUCACUUCAUUGUAGCUGAGCUGCCCCCAAGGACAUGUGACCGGUAGAAACAAACAAUGAGUAUACACCCUCAGGCCAUGUGACCCAAUGAGUGUGACAUCACAUGGCCUAGAGAAAACUGAGAGAAGGCCAAACCGCUACUGCGAGUGCUGCUUUCUUCGAAGACAGCUGAUUGGUGGGGGUCCCGGGUGUUGGACGCCCACUGAUCAGAUACUGAUGGCCUAUCCUAUUAGUGUAAAACUCCAGGAAAACCCCUUUAAAGACAAACAGGGAGAUGUUGUGCAUAUUGCAGAUCAUUUUCUGUAUCUUGCCAUAUGGAAAUGAAAAAACAAGUUUCGGUGGUUCGAGUGUGUGUGUAUAUAUGUAAUUUUUUGUAUAUAUAUUGUUUAAAGGGACUAUUCACCCUUGGUGAGUGUUUCUUUAGACCCCUGAGUGUGGCUGGAUCUGUGAUGGUAAUUUCCACUGCUGGGUUCUGGCUUAUUCGCCGCUCUGCAGGGUCUGGGUCGCCACACUUUAUCGUCAAGUUUAACACUGGGUCUAUUGACUGCUGUAGCCAAUGACUGGCCACAGCAGUACAUGUCACUAGGUCAUGUGCCGCAGGACUGCAGUCAAUCAUUGGCUGCAGCAAUCACAUGACCCGGUCGGUGUCAAACCAAAUGUUGAUGCAAGGAGACGCAGGACCCUGACAAGCCCUGGAACACGAGGAUGAAUAUACUGUAUACACUAAACACAGAAUAAAACAAACCUACUCCAUACCAUCCUCGCUUGAAAACGUGGAAUGUACAUCACUGAUUAUAGAUCAGCCAUUACGAGAAUACAGAUACUCAAGUACAGUUUUUCCACAUAACCUGCACUGGUCCAGUCAUCCUCUGUCCUCUUGUUCCUACUGCGUUGUUUUUGUUUGUUUUUCACACAAAAAAGUUUUAUUUUUACUUUUUUUACCAUAUCCGACAAGAUUUCAAUUAAAAAAUAUAUUUUGUUACUAAGAAAUAAAUGUCUAUAUGCAUCUCU